GCGGCGCGGGCGGCCCCGUGCGGCCCCUCAGAGCCGGGGCGGCGGCCAAGAUGGCGGCGGCGGACGGAGAUGACUCGCUCUACCCCAUCGCCGUCCUCAUCGACGAGCUCCGCAACGAGGACGUGCAGCUGCGGCUCAACAGCAUCAAGAAGCUCUCGACCAUCGCGCUGGCGCUGGGGGUGGAGAGGACCCGCAGUGAGCUCCUGCCCUUCCUCACCGACACAAUCUAUGAUGAGGACGAGGUGCUCUUGGCGCUCGCGGAGCAGCUCGGGACCUUCACUGCCCUCGUGGGGGGACCCGAGUUCGUGCACUGCCUGCUGGUAGGACCCCAAAAUACACCUAAAAUACCCCGAAAUAACCUCCCAAACACCCCAAAACACCCCAAAAACACACCUGGGAACCCCAAAACCGCACACUGGGCUCCUGAGCUGGUGUCCGACGCCAACCAACACGUGAAGUCUGCGCUGGCCUCGGUGAUCAUGGGACUGUCCCCCAUCCUGGGCAAGGACAACACG